GUAAAGAGAAAAACAACAGGUUUUAAAAGCAUAGAUAAUUCAUAAAAUUUAAUUAACUUCUUUACACAUUAGCAUAAAAUGAUCGGACUUAUUGUUUUUACCAAAUUCUCAGUAAUUGAAUUUCGAUUAUUAUUCUAGAAUCAAUAUACAUUAUCAUGUUGCGGUACUUGGUGCUUCUCUGCGUGUUGAUAUGGUCUGCACAAGCUACGAAGGCAGUUCCGAAGAUAGUCGGAGGAACGGAGGCUGCUGAAGGAGAGUUCCCAUACCUGGCUUCAUUGAGAGUAUACAAUAACCGAAAUGUGCUGAUCCAUUUCUGUGGAAGCUCUAUUAUCUCCCAUUGGUUGGUGUUGACUGCAGCCCAUUGCAUGAUAGACUAUCCCAAAGAGCGAAUACAAGUAGUGGCUGGUACAAUAGACUAUUUCGGCGACGGCGCGAAAUAUGGAAUUGUUAAAUUCAUCAAUCAUGAAAACUACAACAGAACCUCACUUGCGAACGACAUAAGUCUAAUUCUAGUGAACAGACCAAUUCAGUUGGGGAAGAAAGUUGGUUUAAUCAAAUUGCCAACAGAGAAUACUCCAGGUGGAUUGGAUCUCAUAAUAGCUGGAUUUGGGUUCAUUAAUUCAAAAGAAAGAAGACCACGUAAACUACAAAAGCUGACAGUAAAAUCGCUAUCGGUGCAAGAAUGUCAGGAAAGCUCACUCAAAGCUUACAAAAAGUAUAAUCCGAUUACUGACAAACUACUCUGCACAUACAAAGAGGUUAAUCAAGGCAUUUGCCAAGGUGAUUCCGGCGGCACUCUUGCUUACCAGGGUUCUUUAGUUGGAAUUCCAUCUUGGAACAUCCCUUGUGCUCAAGGAGAACCAGAUGUUUUCACUAGGGUUUAUGAGUAUUUAGACUGGAUUAGCACAACUACAGGGAAACUACCUAUACCAACAUAAUAUUUUAAUAAAUAUAUAAAUAUAGCUACCAAGCUUGAAAUUAAUUCCAGUGGAGGUUUAUUAAAUGUCUGUCAUAAUUUCAGUAA